AUGAGCUCUGAAAUCUCAAUGAAGGACCUUUCUGUUCAAGACAUUCAUUUAGAAAAUGCUUUUGUCUAUGCAAUAGAUACAAAUCUUAAGGUUUUUGCCGAAGCAAUAAAUGUUCUUUCAAAAAUUAGCGAUCAAAUACUUUUACAACCUCUAGCUGACAGCCUUAUUUUAACGGCAUAUAAUUCAACAAAAUCGGCUUUUGCCAAAAUUGUUUUGUCUUCAAAUUUCUUUUCCCGUUUCGAAACCCCUUCAAAUAAUGAACAAAAUUUAAACGGGGAAGUUUAUUGUCGAAUAUCAACAAGGAGUGCUUUGCAUAUUUUUAAAGGUUUGGGGAUGAAGAAUUGGGGAUGCACUUCUAAAAUUAUUCUUUCUUUUCUGAAAAUCAUUUUAUAUAGGUAA